UCACUAACCCCAAACCGGUCACGUACUCCUUCAGGUUAUUUAUUGGAGCCUGCGUGAAACAUUAUUUACAGGAUAUUCAAAUAAAAAAAAAUACUUAUUUGUCAGACCGAUAUAAAAAUGUAACAAUUCUGUGAUUUUUCACUUUUUCCAACUCAAGUGCCUGCUUUGUUUACGUUUCCAUUUUGUUGUGACAGAAGUCAGAUCUAAAUUCAUGAUUUGAACUGCAGUAAAUCUCACCAUAUGAGAUAGAUCAUUUGCGCGAGAGAAAACCAACAAUGAAUGUCUUUUUCAUUAAUUACUACUUGAUUGAUUAUUAAACUGCCACAAUGUACCCGGCCAAUCACAAGACUGUAUUUGUACUGGACCACACUCCUUAUUUUGGAAUAUCGACAGAAAGUCCUUUGGAAUUCGACUGUCUAAAAAGCCGUGGUCAGAAUUUAAUACCUCUAGCUCCGAUUUGCAAGUCGUUAUGGACUACAAGUGUCGAAUCAUCUAUGGAAUAUUGCCGCAUUGUUUGGGACUUAUUUCCAACAGGAAAACUGGUCAGAUUUGUCGUCAGUGAUCAAGCAGCACACAUACUGAACACCUGGAAUCCUUCACAGCAAAAUUUAUCACAUGUAAUGAAUGGCAUGGCUAUUAUGGGAGUUCCACCACUUGCGCGACAGUCCGGCAUAGAUUUUUCGGUCAUACAUGGACUCCGGGUAGCAAUAGAGGCACUCACUGAAAGUUCAGAAAUUCAGCAAGAAAAGCGAACCUCUCUAAUGGAGAAUGCUGACAAACUGUUGAAUAGUGGAAGAGUUAUCUGCAUAACUAGCGCCAGAGAUAAUGCUAACAUGAAGAGUCUGGAAAACAUAUUCUUGAAUCAGCUUGUACAGCAGAAUAAAAUCGCACUUGCAUCCGAUUCUUUGUUACCAAUUCAUCAUUGUCAUCUGGUCAUCCUCAAUAUAUUUCCUGUUACGACUGUGGAAUGCCAAGUCACAAAUCAACCACUACGUGAGGUAUCGCCUCUUCUAUCAAUGGAGGUACACUCAAUGAAAGCUCCAAAAUUACAUUCAAAAUUGUCUCAUUUGAUUCUCUCCCAUUACGACUUGGCGAGCACAACUGUGACUGGAAUACCAAUGAAAGAGGAGCAAAAUGCUAGCAGCUCUGCAAACUAUGACGUAGAAAUUUUCCAUGCUUCCGCGGCUCACUCUGCUAUUAUGAAAGGAAAUCCGCAAGAGUCUGCAUUGAUAAAAACGUUCAUGAAGUUAGAUGAGGUAUCAGAAUACGAGACUGUAACCUUGAAAUGGUGUACUCCACGCGGCUGCAGCGCAUCCGAGAUGCAGAAUUGUACUGCGAUGCACAGAAUCACGCCAGUCGACAUUAACAGCAGGCCUUCGUCGUGCCUUAUAAAUUUCCUGCUUAAUGGACGCUCUGUGAUGCUUGAAAUGGCUAGAAAAAGUGGUGGAAAAACAAUAUCACAUCUUCUUGCUGCCCAUGGAGGAGAAAUAUUUAUUCAUACCUUAUCAACAGCUAGAAGUGUGCUCGAGGAUCCACCCUCGAUAAGCGAAGGCUGCGGAGGACGAGUCACAGAUUAUAGAAUAACAGACUUUGGAACCCUCAUGCGUAAUAACAUGCUAGUCCCUCUGAAAAGAAGUCCUAGUGAUGACGGAGAAAGUCCAGCUGCUAAGAUGAGGUGCAGAUUAGAACGUCAUACAAGAUACUGGCCUAUUACGAUUUCGAGUACGCUCAUGUUUAAUUUAAAACAGCUAAUAGAUCCGUUAGCAGAACUGAUGGUUAAAGAGGAACUCACUACGGAAGAAGUACUUCAGUGUAAACAGGUGAUAUUCAGUAUUCUACAGCUGGAAGCAAAACACGAGGCACUUCCUUUGCCCAGUAUCGGCGGGGGCAGGGGCGGAAAGGGUGGAGUAAGACGUGAGGAACACUACAGACUUCUGUGGAGCGAGUUGGAAACGUUUUUAAAAAGCCAUGGUAGCCAAUCAGCCUCUCACACUGAAGUGAUAAAUUGUCUACUUGAAGUUCGAAACAAAGAUGACAAAGACAAGGUCGAGCUUGAUCAGGCACUACGAGAAUUGGAUGGACUGGGAAAAGAGGACGUAAUGGCUCGUGCUAGUGUAAUACGGGCUACAACGGAUUCUCCUAUGUCUCCUCCUCCAUGCAGCAAUUCAUCGUUAGGAAAACAGCUGCACAAAGGCGUUUUUCACCCUCCCAAAACUCUACUGGAUAUUUGGCUACAACGCAGCGCUCCGAAAGAGAGAAAACCAGAUUUUCACGGUCGGGUUAACAGCGAUGGUUUUAAAGCCAAACUUUACCCAAACCUCAAAGAAAUUGGUAGAGAACCGCGAGAAGCGAUAUUGGAAGCAUAACCGGAAUGCCUUAAUAAUACCACUAAGAUUAUUGUAUGGAAGUUGAACGUUGGAUCUAGCAAUAAGUUUCAAGAAAAAGACGCAAACUUUCGAAAUUUAAAAAUUGCUCUACCUGAGAUACAACUCUGCAUCCACGCACAUGUAAGAUAUUUGAACUACUGAAGUUAGUGGUUGGAGUAUAAAUACAGGUAUGUAUGUGCGUACAUUUCACCCUGGGAAUGAGUCAGAGUGAGAUAAAAGAACAACAUUGCGGAGGCGUUUGGUCUUAUGACACGUGUUGCACUCUACAGAAGUAUACAUAUAGUUAUAGUGUAAUAUACGUCACGUGUAUCAGUAGGACGUCUGCCUCCCUACGUCUGUUUUCUGAAUGCGAUAGGUAUAGUUAGGCAUACAUGUAUGUAUACAUAUUUUAUGUAUGUACCU